GGAAUGUAAUAUAUUGAGCCACUCUGAUAAUUGAUUUGAAUGUCAGCUUUGGAGUAUUUUUUCUAGUAGAAUAAUAAUCAAUUUUUAAAUUUUCAAUAAAUUAUAAAUACUGAUUGUCAGUAUUUUGGAAUUUCUCUGUACUGUCUACUGUGUUUUCUUUGCAAAAAACGCGCAGGGCGCAGUUCAGUUGCGUAGUUGACUGAUGACUGAUGAAAAUUGUAUGUAGGUUGUGAAUUAUUUCAGAAUUCAUUAUACAAAGUUGGAUUGGAAUUAAAGUACAAGUUGUCAAAAUGGCAGAUGAUAAGGGCAGUAUCCUUUUAAAUAUAUUUUAUGAAAUAAUUGGCAGUCCACUUAAUUUAGUGUUGGUUGGUGUGAUAACCAUCCUUGUUUACACAAUUUUCAAAAGGAGACACCAGCAUUACAUUGAACCUCCUAGAGAACCUGAACUACCCAAGUUGAAAAAAGACUUUACAAAUGAAGAGUUAAAAAAAUACGAUGGAACUGGUCCUGAUGGAAGGAUUUUAAUUGCAGUUGACGGAAAAGUCUUUGAUGUCACAAGGGGUAGAAACUUCUACGGCCCUGGUGGAGCGUAUUCAGCUUUUGCGGGGCGAGAUGCGUCUCGAGGCCUAGCCACAUUCAACGUGUCCGUUUCGAAAGAAGGCUACGACGACCUCAGCGAUCUCGACCCAAGGCAGAUGGAGGAAGUGAGGGAAUGGGCAAUACAGUUCCAUGAAAAGUACAUCUAUGUUGGGAAGCUGUUGAAGCCUGGUGAAGCACCCACAAAUUACUCGGAUGAGGAGGAAGAGAAGGAGAGCAACUUGGAGAAAGCAGGAGGACAGGCAGGCGACACCAAGCCAUCCAGCACAGACACCAAACAAGAGGCCACCCCCGACGCCGCCGACAAGCCCAAGGCUGAGUGAGCACUCUAUUAUCUCGGUAAUGUCCGUCGAUGCUCCGCCAUCAUUUGUACAUUUGAUUGUUUAUCAUUAUUUCUACUCAUUCUACUUAGUCACCAUCUUAAGACUGUGUAUUAAGGCUGUCAGGUUGAUUGGACGUGUUCCGAUACUAACAGAUUGUUUGUCAUCCACUGCUGCUUCACUUUCCAUCUCGCUCUCUCUCUCUCUCACUAUUCUUUAUUAUUGUGUGUCUUCCGAUUUAGAUAUUUUAGCAAUCCGUUAAAUUAGAUCCUACAAAAAUGUAAACAACACUGAAAAUUAAAAAUAAAUUGACAUAUAUUUAUACAAAAAUGGAACAACAUCUAAAAUGUGUACGUUCUGUGUACAGUAAAUUGUUCCAUCACGUGACUAGUGCAAAAUGUUCCCAUGGAACGCCAUUUAGAAAUCGUUGGUUCAAGCUUUUGGCGCGCACUUAUAAAGUUGAUUUACACCAAAAUGUGUCGUUUGCUAGCUGCGUAAAUGAAGAAAGGAUGUUUUACAAAUUUACCGUCUAGAAAAGUGUGCAUUUCUUUCAUUCCAUUAUUCUCAAAUUUUCUAUAGAGAAAAAUUCAUUCAACGAAUGGUUAUCAAACAUCAUUUUGUUGGUUAUGUAUUCUAUGGUAAACAAACAAGCUAUCAGCGCAUGAGCAGAGAAGCAAGCAGACUACAAUCAUCGACCAAUGAGAGCUAUGAUAGUUUGAACUGUCACAAUUUACCAGGCUUCGACUGUGGGGCAGGAACUUGGAACUGGAACUGGUUUCUGGUACAGAAUCUGUCAAAAUUCUUCCCAUGGGACGCGGAACUUUUUACCUGGUAAAUUGUGAAUCGGACAAUUUACCACAUUCUAUGUACCCAGAACGGGCUCAAUGCAAACAGAUAUUUGUUGCAGUUACAUAUCCGAAUGUACAGUAUUUGUAUAGCUGCUUUCAGACGAACACGCGUAUUUCAAUGUUCAUCAGCUGAUGCUAUCUAUGAUUAUUAUAUCUGUAUCUUUUUCUGUAUAUCUGUUUCUGUACAAAUACAGAUAUAUAUGACAAUUAUUUCUUAGUUUUUUAUUCAAAUACAGAUAUAAUCAGCUGAUGAAAAGUGGAAUGCGCGUGUUCGUUGCGCUCAGGUCUGUACGCAGCUCAAUAUAUAGUUGGAUGCAACUCUUUCAUGUGCAUAAAGUUUUCUUAUUGAAAACUUCCAGAAGUAGUAGGUCUACUGCAUGGUGGUUUUUAUGAAUAAAUCGAUUACUUUCGAAUAAAAACCUUAGGCUAGGCGCACCAGUUAGUCAAGACAAGACAAGACAUGAUCAGACACGUUCAGUCACAAUACUUCACUUAGUUACUUAUGAAGACAUGUCUAAUUGCAAUGACUAAUCAGUGUGAGUUGCGUCAUAAGCAACAAUGUGAAGUAUUGUGACUAAACGUGUCUGAUCAUGUCUUGUCUUGACUAACUGGUGUGCGCCUAGCCUUAAGCUGCAGGCCGGGUCCUGUAGCUUUGCUAAUCGGCCGAGGGUAAAAUACUACCAGUUCAAAAACAUCUAACAUUUAAAAAAUGUAUCUUUCCAUGAGCAACAGAUGCUCUUUUGUAUCUUCUCAGAAGCAACUUGUUGCAUCCGAAAAGAUACACAAGGAGCUUUAAUGUAUCUUUCCAUAAGCAACAGAUGCUCUUCUGUAUCUUCUCAGAAGCAACGAAUUGCAUCCGAAAAGAUACACAAGGAGCUUUAAUGUAUAUUUCAAUAAGCAACAGAUUCUCUUUUGUAUCUUCUCAAAAGCAACGUUUUGCAACCGAAAAGAUACACAAGGAGCUUUUUGGAGUUACUUCCUUUUAGCACAACACAAUCUAUCAGCUGACAUUCGUUCAACAUGAUUGCUCUUUUCAUUGCUGGUGAUACGUUGCAACAGCUCUCUCAUUCAUGCAAAUCUCAGUUUGUAGGGAGCUUCCUCCAUCUAGGGAUCUAGGGUCUCUGAAGCCUGAUGUUUUUGCAAAGCCGUGAAUAUUACCCCGCGAACCAUACCUUGCCUAUAUGCCGUUUCAAAGUCACGGAGGCAAAGCUACGGUACUUAUUCGAAAUGUGAUGCAAUUUGAAGCUUAAUUAUCGCUAUUCCAGUGCUCGAUCCAGACCGUACCCUUACAGCUAAUAUUACUGCCUAAAAUCUAAAAGUUUUCAAUAUCGGUAAAAUUUUUGAAACAAAUGCGUAUGGUGUAACGAUAUAGAGGAUCCCACAUGAUAUACUGUCUGAAUGAUAUUUCCAAUUGGAAUAAUUCUUUUCGGAAUAUGUACUCUGUCUAGCAAUGGGUUCUUUUCUAGUUGGAUUUGAAAACUCAUAACAGAAUUAAAUAAGAUUCUAGAACAGGAAGAUACACAUACUAAUGAAUCAGUUCUAGGUUCAUUCGCUUAUCCAUCUUACAUUCAUAAAUCGUUUCAUUCAAGUUUUAAGCUAUUAGUUGCAAUUGGUAGUGAUUAAAUAUUGGUUUAGGUUAUUUCUUUUAUAUGAUUACUCUAAAAAUUUCUAGGGAUAGUUUAUUUCGGUAUUGUGGCUUGUCUCGAUUAAAUGUGUUUCACAUCAUUAUUUGUAAUAGAGUAAAUUGAUUAUUUUAUAUUUGUCAAGUACUUAAAUCAUCUCAUCCAAAUGAUAAAACAUUUUCAUAAGGUUGGCUUUAUUCUCCAGAAUGAUAUUCUCUUUAGGCUUAGCAAUCAAUGAUUUUAUGCCAGUGAUUUUUAUUACCUUGAAAAUUCUAAUUCAAAAUAUACAAAAUGUUAUCCUUCAGUACUGAUUGAUUGUUCAGUAAAGUAGGGAAAUCAGUUAUCCCUAUAUAAUGUUAUCCUUCAGUACUGAUUGAUUGUUCAGUAAAGUAGGGAAAGCAGUUGAGUAAUUUAUUGAAUUCAAUUGAAGGUAUAUCUAUUAUUUAUUCACGACUUCCUUUUUGCAGUAACCAGAUGUGAAAAUAUGGAGUCAAAUUUUACCCGUUUGCAUUAUCCCAGAACAUUCAUUGGCUUGGUCAAUAAUACGAAAUUGUGAACACUUUCCAAUACUCGUUUUUGUUUUGAAAUGUUCUGUUCAUUGUCAAUUUAAGGAAUAAAUCCACUUGUUGAUACUUUUAAAUGUCAUUUUAGCUUCUCCGUGGAUAUUAUAAAAUUGUAAUCUUGUACAAAUCGUGUAUUGUCGUAUUUGUAUAAUGUAUACUUGUGUAAAAUAUUUUUAAUCAAUUUUUAUGAAUUUUAAUUCAUAAUUAAAGUUCAUUUUGUGAAUUUUAGUUUCAAAUAUGAGUUUAGAAUUUGUUUCAAUAGUAGCAUUUCUAAGUGCUUUGAAGAUAGUUUCAUGAACUCUCAGUAAAAAAUAUAGUCUCAUAUUGAUAAAAACCUCCUGGAUGAGCUCUGAAUUUCCAAAGUUCUGAAGUCAGGAUAGAUCUAAUUCUAGAAACUCGGUUCCUAAUCUGUAAUUUGAAUAUUAUUCUAAAACUUUUCUCUAUAAAUGAAACAUUUAAAAGAGAUUGGUAAGGAACUGAUCCAAACAUUUCCAUCAUCCAGAAAACUGAAUAUAUUUUAUAGCCCAUAAUGUGCUUAUUUUGUUAAAUUUUAGAUAUAAAUUAAUCAACACCAGAAAUUUCCAGUAGAAAUGAUGUUUUACCAUUGCUAGAAUGACCACAACACAAUUGCUAUUUUAUCUGAAACAAUCUUCUACUUGGAAACUCAUCAAAUACAAGGAUGGUUUGUAAUUUUUGAAGAGUUUUAUCAUAAUUAAUGAAGGAUAUUAUAUUGAAUAAUCAAUAUCUUUAUUCUGUGAUUGAUCAAUCCCACAAAUUCUAUUAUUUUUCGACUGAAUGAUUCAAUUUUGUCUAGAGUUAUAAAUUCGAGUGCGUAAGAUUACUUCUAAGAUAGUAUGAAUUAUUGUAAUCAUAGUGCUGAGAACUAUGAAAAUCUUCAAAUAGAUUAUUCUUGGAUAGGAUCUUCUAUUUACAACUAAAGUGACAUACAAAGUAAACAAGUAUUUGAAGAUUGAAAACUUGUAUCUGGUGAAAACAAUUUUGGUUUAUAAUAAAUAUAACGAAUUGCAUUGAAUUGCUAUGUACAAUAGAUUUAUCUUUGUUCAAUAGACAUGUUGAUAACAAAAUUGUUCAAGAAGUAUUAUGACCAUUCCUAAACUGGGUAUUUAUCUAUUUUUGUAAGUUGCUUCAGUGCUCUAUUCAUAGAACAAGUUCGGGAUUUCAAUUUUCAAUCCAAGAACUUACUUCUUAAAACCUCAAAAUUUAUUAUUCUUCAUACAAGGUUGUCCAGGAGAAAGUAUCUGCUUAUGCUUUUAAAAUAAUGAAUCAUCAAAUUAUUUGAAUUGAUUCAGUUACGAUAAACCGAUGAGUUUCAUUGAGGUAUUUCACCAGAUGAGAAAAAUCGUAAUGUUUCCCCGAUUGAUUCUGCGAUUUAAUAAAAAAAAUACUAUCACAUUGGUUUAUUCGCAUCAUAAUUUAUACUGAAAUACAACAAAUAAUACAGGUUCUAAAGCGAUUAGAAGGUUUACUUGGUUCAUGAGUUAUUCAUAUUUUGCCUCCAAAUAAUAGUGUUUAGGAUAUGGUAUUGUUAAUUGAUAUUGGUGGAAUGAUAACAUAUUGAUAUUAUAUGUGUUGUUAAAUUGUAAUGUAAGUUUAUAUUAUACAAAACUUGUCACAUCCAAUUAGAUUUACGCUGUCGACUGAGUGAGUGCAUUCACAUUCAUUUAUGAGAUGUAUGCAAGUGUAAAAUGAAUCAGUUGAAAAUUUAUGAAAAAUUAUUCCAUAUAAAUGUAAAUUUUAUAAUAUAAAACUUAUUUUUUGUUGAA